UUCCUCAUUAGCUCCCUACACACCUAACACUUGCUUCCUUCCAACUCUCUCUCUCCCUGAAAGUUUAUUUCUCUCUCAAAAUGAACCUCUCUAUGCGUUUGAUCUCAGCUGUUCUCCUCUUCAUGAUAUUCGUUGCCACAGGGAUGGGUCCAGUCACAGUGGAGGCACGCACGUGUGAGUCGAAGAGCCAUAGGUUCAAGGGUACAUGUGUUAGUUCAACAAACUGCGGAAACGUGUGUCACAACGAAGGUUUUGGCGGAGGUAAAUGCCGUGGUUUCCGUCGCCGUUGCUACUGCACCAGACAUUGCUGAUCUAUGGAUCGUUUCUCAUAACUCAAAUCUACCAUAUCCAUCGUCUGGUUUUGUUCCUUUCUAUCUAAUAUUCCGUACAACACCAUGUCGUACCGUACAUGUGUGUGUAAUGUGUUUUCAAAUAAGUCUUUGUUUGUGUGUGUGUGUGUGUGUUUUUUUUUGUAACGUAAGUGUUUUCAGUUCAUGUAAUGUUAUAUCAGUUUAUGGUUUUUAUUAAGAUUAA